GUACAAUGGCUGGGGGUUCUCUCUUCGUUUGGAUUCCCUUCCUUCUCUCAUGUGUCUUUCAAGUUUCUGACAACAGACAUGUCCGUCGGGGUAUGCAUGAUUCAAUUGAUGAUAUAAAAAAUCCAGAGACAGACCACAUCUCGCGGAUCCCAAUAACCCUACCAGAAGGAAUUGAUCCCAAGAAUAUAAAUGUAACGUCAAUAACCAUCAAAACAUGUACUGAUAUGACGGAACAGCUGGCACAGCUUAACAUUCGGCUUCAACAGACAAAUCUCCGCAACAGCCACCUAGAUAAUGAAGCCUUUGGGUUGAGGAGGGAAGUCAGACAGCUGAACCUGCAGCUUGCCACAUGCAGCGCGACAGCCUCAGCUAUUACUGGCUCUUAUCAAACCCAGCUCCUCAACAAAAUGAAGCAGCUUCUGGAGACAUUUGAUAGUGAUACAUUUCUGAUCCUGAAAAUCAUUGCACUGACCAGGGAGGUGAAUACAUUACAGAAGAAGAUCAAACAUGCUGCUAAUGCUACUGAAACCUCUGAAAUCGAAGUGCUGCAGAGAGAGCAGCAAGAGAAGAUCAAUGAACUGAACAUGAAGACGCAGCAGAUGGAAAUCAGCCACCCAAACUCGGCGCUCAUUCUUCAGAUCAUCUCACUGCAAAAUCAGAUCUGGGAUAAGGAACGGGCACAAUCAAGAAGAGGAGAAAUUAAUCGUCAGCUGGACAACAACAUUUUAGCUCUACAAGGGCAGCUGGACAGGAAGAUCAGUGAGCUGCGAGCCAAAGAAGAUGCAGACUCAGCUAUGCUGGAGCUGAUUUCUGUGCAUAGUAAGAUCACAGUGAUGCAGAGGCUCAUCACUGUCCACAUUGAGAGAUCCAGAGCUAGUGCUGCUGAUUACCAGAGGCAGUGGAAGCAAAAAGCUGAUCUCCUUAGAAGAAAGAUCGUACUGUUGAACCGUGAUGAGAGUAACACAGAACUUACCAAGGAAAUCUUGAUUCUGCAGACAGAGGUGGAGCAUUUUAGACAGUUAAUGAUAAACGCCAAAAAGACAACGGAGUCCCAAAUUAAAGAGCUAAGAGUUAUUUUGGAGGAAGAGAAGAAACAGCAAGCUAACUUACAGAAACACCUGGAGGAAACAGACUAUACCCAGUCACAAGUCAUCAUGAAAUUCAUCAGCGUAAUGAAAGAGGUGAGAGAGCUGGACGAUGAUGAGCAGCACCAUACGACAUCAACAAGUCAAGCCACCACUCUUCAGACUCUGCUUCAAGCCAAAGAAAAGGAAUUUGCCAAAGCUCAGGCUGAAAUAAAUGAGCUGCAGAGGAAAUUGCAAUUAAAGAGCAAAGAAUGCUCUGGACUUGAGGAAAGAUAUGAGGCGGUAAAGACUGAAAUUGAACAGAAGAUUGUAGAACUGAACAGAACCAGAAACUCCAAAGCAGCACUCAUUCUGAACGUGAUAAACCUGCAUGGUGAUCUGAAGACUCUGAGGGAUCUGAUCUCCGCUGCAAGUGAUCCAGACAGGAUCUCAGAGCUGCAGAGGCAACUGGAGGAGAAACAAGAAGAACUUAACUCCAAGACUGCUGACAUGGAGAGACUGAUUCCCAACCCCAAAAUAAUUUUAAAAAUCAUCGAGCUGCAGAACAACAUCUGGGACCUUCAGAAAAAGGCUGCCAAUGAAAGCACUGGUGACGAUGUAAAAGAUUUGCAAGACAGAGUGAAGGGCCUUAUCAGUGAAUUAGACGACAAUGGUGACGACAACACAAAACUGAUGCUGACGAUCAUAACGCUGCAGAGUCAGGUGGAGCAGCUGCAGAGACAGUUACCAACCACUCUGGUAACACAGCUCACUGAUGAUCUGAAGAAUGAGCUGCAGAAAUACGUCAACGAGCUGAAUGAGAAAAACCCGACAACUGCCAGGUUGAUUCUGACAAUCACUGAUCUGCAAAACCAACUCAGGAACCUAGAAAAAGGAGAGCACAAUAAGGACCAAACAGCGUCUGCUGCAAUUACUAAGCUGAGAGAACAACUGAAGGCAAAAGUGGAGGAGCGCAUCCGUGAUCAAGUUGAGAUCAAGGCUCUGCAGAAUAAACUGAACCAGACGGAGGCACAGUGUACCGGGUUCGAGCACAAACUUAAAGAUCUGCAGACCAACCUGGAUGCCAAAAUGAAGGAACUGCUGUCCAAAUCUGAGUCUGUUUCUUCACUUGCUCUCCAGAUUUCUACAUUAACCCUGCAACUGGAGGAGCUGAAGAGACAACUACAGAACACGAAAUCUGAAACCAAGAUCAAAGAGCUUCAAAAACUUAUAGAUGAGAAAAAUGAUGAGCUGGCCAGAAAAACAGAAGAGCUAAAAGCAAGCAGUGCUCAACCACAAAGACUUCUACAGAUCAUUGCAAUACAAACACAGAUUGAGAAACUGUCAUAUGUGGCAGCAAAUGACACAGAUUACGAAAAGAUUAGAGCACUCCAAGACCAUUUGAAUUAUUUGGUGGACGGAAUUCAAGAUGAAAACAAUGAAAAUACUAAACUGAUGUUUAAAAUUUUGGCUCAUCAAGAUGAAAUAGCAAGAUUGGAGAAGCAAGAAAAGCGUCAGACACAAGCUGCAUUGGACAGAAUUAAAGAUCUGGAGAAUGAACUGGAGGACAUCAGAAAUCAGAUAGAAGAAAAGAGACUGUUGCUGAACUCAAGUGAUACAAGGAUUGCCAAUCUGACGGCUCAGAUUAUGGAACUUCACAAGAAAAUCAAACCACUAGAAGAAGAGAUAUUAGACAUUAGAGAUACAAGCGCUGAGAACGUCAGAGAGCUGCAAAAGAGACUGGAAUUGAUAACGCGGCAACUGCAAGACAGUGAACUUCGACUCCAGGAAGCAGAUGCAAAGAAUUUUGACUUGAUAAUGGAGAUUGCUGAUUUGAGGACACAACUGAAAAAGGCUCAGAAAAAGGCAUCCAAACCUGCUGAAAAUAGCAAUGAAUUGGAACAACAACUACAAACACAACAAAGAAUGAACAUAAAACUUGAAAGCGCAAAUAAAGAUUUACAAAGACAACUGCAACAGAGCCAGGAGGACGCGGAUCGCCUGCAGCAGCAGCUGAGCGAGAAGGAUGCCAACCUCAAACAGCUGCAGCAGCAGUUAGAAGAGCAGAUCAGGGAGAAUAACAGACUGCAAAAUGAGAAGAACCAACUUGAGGAUAUUGUACAAGAUCUCGAAAACAGACUGAGUAAUGUGGAAGAUAAGACGAUCUAUGCCAAGCUGAGAGAACAACUGAAGGCAAAAGUGGAGGAGCGCAUCCGUGAUCAAGCUGAGAUCAAGGCUCUGCAGAAUAAACUGAACCAGACGGAGGCACAGUGUACCGGGUUCGAGCACAAACUUAAAGAUCUGCAGACCAACCUGGAUGCCAAAAUGAAGGAACUGCAGUCCAAAUCUGAGUCUGUUUCUUCACUUGCUCUCCAGAUUUCUACAUUAACCCUGCAACUGGAGGAGCUGAAGAGACAACUACAGAACACGAAAUCUGAAACCAAGAUCAAAGAGCUUCAAAAACUUAUAGAUGAGAAAAAUAAUGAGCUGGCCAGAAAAACAGAAGAGCUAAAAGCAAGCAGUGCUCAACCACAAAGACUUCUACAGAUCAUUGCAAUACAAACACAGAUUGAGAAACUGUCAUAUGUGGCAGCAAAUGACACAGAUUACGAAAAGAUUAGAGCACUCCAAGACCAUUUGAAUAAUUUGGUGGACGAAAUUCAAGAUGAAAACAAUGAAAAUACUAAACUGAUGUUUAAAAUUUUGGCUCAUCAAGAUGAAAUAGCAAGAUUGGAGAGGCAAGAAAAGCGUCAGACACAAGCUGCAUUGGACAGAAUUAAAGAUCUGGAGAAUGAACUGGAGGACAUCAGAAAUCAGAUAGAAGAAAAGACACUGUUGCUGAACUCAAGUGAUUCAAGGAUCAGCACUCUAACGGCUCAGAUUAUGGAACUUCACAAGAAAAUCAAACCACUAGAAGAAGAGAUAUUAGACAUUAGAGAUACAAGCGCUGAGAACGUCAGAGAGCUGCAAAAGAGACUGGAAUUGAUAACGCGGCAACUGCAAGACAGUGAACUUCGACUCCAGGAAGCAGAUGCAAAGAAUUUUGACUUGAUAAUGGAGAUUGCUGAUUUGAGGACACAACUGAAAAAGGCUCAGAAAAAGGCAUCCAAACCUGCUGAAAAUAGCAAUGAAUUGGAACAACAACUACAAACACAACAAAGAGUGAACAAAAGACUUGAAAGCGCAAAUAAAGACUUAAAGGAAGAGGUCAAGGAACUGAAAAUGCGCUGCACUGAUGAUGUCGCCUACUGUGCCGAUUUACAAAGACAACUGCAACAGAGCCAGGAGGAUGCGGAUCGCCUGCAGCAGCAGCUGAGCGAGAAGGAUGCCAACCUCAAACAACAGUUAGAAGAGCAGAUCAGGGAGAAUAACAGACUGCAAAGUGAGAAGAACCAACUUGAGGAUAAUGUACAAGAUCUCCAAAACAGACUGAGUAAUGUGGAAGAUAAGACGAUCUAUGCCAGGCAGGUGACUUUGGAUCCAAACACAGCACACCCGAGAAUAGCUCUUUCUGCAGAUAACACCAGGAUUUCUACUACUGCGGAAGCACAAAACGUCCCGGACAAUCCAGGCCGGUUUGAUGUGGUUCUUGCUGUCCUUGGCACGACUGGGUACUCAACUGGCAGACACUACUGGGAGGUGUCUGUAGCUGGGAAGCUUUGUUACCACCUUGGGAUGGCCAGUGAAUCUGCUCCAAGAAAGGGAACGAUGAAGUUCAGUCCAGCAAACGGUUAUUGGACGCUAGUCAUGAACAAACAGGGUCAGUUGAGAGCUAUCGAUAGGAAACCUUUUAAUAUUCCAAUUCAGACGCAACCUCUUACACUGGGAAUUCUUCUGGACUACAAAAAGGGACAGAUCUCAUUUUACGACGCUGGUGUCAGAUCUCAUAUGUACUCAUUUGUAGGUCAAAGAUUUACAGACAAGAUCUAUCCAUUUGUCAAUUUCUGUGUUGAAGAUCUUGAAGGCCUGACACCAAUAGAGUUACUCUCUCCUGGUUUAGUUGACUGGCUAAACUAGAGAACAGGGCAAAUUAUGUUUUGUCCAAUGUAAAAUCUUAGCCAUGUCUCUCAUUUAUGGUAACCUUAGUAUGGAAAUAAAACAAUCCCUGUGACAACAGAGUAGUUCUCACACAUACUGCUGCUAAAUGUUUCAGACAAUUAAACAACAAAUAUACAGUGA